AAUCAAGAAGAAUAUUAAGAAAACACUCUCCAAAACCCUAUUCUCCCAAUCCUCUCAAUUCUCGAUCCCAACCCUCUAAAGGCUUUGGCAGAUUCUCUAUCUUUCUCUUCCCAAAUCCCUAAUUUUAUUCUUUAAUCCCUAAUUACCAAUCUCACAACUAGAUCUGAUAGAACCCUAAUACCAGGUUUCUAUCAUUUGGUAUCAGAGCCGGGUUCGAGAGCGAGUUGCUUACAACUCUCAACCAGGGACGACUUCUAUCGAGCAGAGCCAAAAUGAGUUCGCCAAAGUUCCGUGAUCCAGAGUUUAUUCGACUGUGGAAGUUGCUGCAACUGUCCUUUGACAAACUGGAAGAAGAGAUGCGCAGGUGGGCUGCGAACGAUGUCGUGGCUGCGUCGAAGCGAUGUGGAGAGGCGGCAAAGACAUUGCCACCAAUGAGGACGAGCUACGCAAAACAACUGCAGCAAAGUAUUGAUUAUUGGAGUACGGAAGCGAUGCGGCUCAGGAGGGCAAUAUGGUUAUUCUGCUAACAGCAUAAGCUGUUAGUAUAUACUAACACGGUCGGAUUUGAGGCCACGUAGGCGAGCCGCGAUCGGACAUUGGAGGGGGAGAAGAGCAGCUUGUGGCUCGGCUGAACCAAGCCUCUUCCUUUUUUUUAACAAUUCAAAAAAACCCAACAUUUUCAUUUAUGUUUAAUUUUCUUCUCUCUCCAUCAUUUCAUUUUCCUUUCUCUCCCACUCUCCAAAACUGUCGACUGCUCUCUUCUGUUCUUCUUCUUCUUCCUCUCUCUCUCUUCCAAAUAAUUCAAAUAACCUCUCGACAACGAUGGGUGUGAGAAACACGACGCCAGCGACAAGGGCUACGGGCAGGAAGAAGAUGGCGGUGCUUGGCAACGCCGGUAGCGGUGCUUGAAGAAAGACGAAUUCUGCCGAGCAAGAAGGAAGACAUCGACGCUAGUAGCGCGAGGAAGACGACUACACCAGCUGCGAAGAGAAGAAAGUUUUUGAGGUAAGCAUCUUCCUUUGUUGUAGGUGUUUUAGAUCUGAGUUUCAUUGUUAGGGAUUUGGGAUUCUUGUCAAGGGAUUUGAGAUUCGAUUUGGGGGAUCUUGGAUUCUUUUGAUUUGGGGGAUUUGGAUUUCUUUGGAUUUGGGGGAUCUAGGAUUUUUUGUGGCUGGAUUACAUAUAUUUGAUUUAGGGUUUCAUAGAUUCGACUGGAUCUGAGUUUUUUUUUUUUGCUUCGUUUUUUGGAUCCGAGAUUCAUUUUUAGGGAUCUGGGCUUCUUGUCGAGGGAUUUGAGAUUCGAUUUGGGGGAUCUGAGAUUCUUUUGAUUUGGGGGAUUUGGAUUUCUUUCGAUUUGGGGGAUCUGGGAUUUUCUGUGGCUGGAUUACAUAUAUUUGAUUUAGGGUUUCAUAGAUUCGACUGGAUCUGAGUUUUUUUUUUAUUUUGCUUCGUUUUUUGUAUAUAAGAUUCAUUGUUAGGGAUCUGGGAUUCUUGUCGGGGGAUUUGAGAUUCGAUUUGGGGGAUCUGGGAUUCUUUUGAUUUGGGGGAUUUGGAUUUCUUUCGAUUUGGGGGAUCUGGGAUUUUGUGUGGCUGGAUUACAUAUAUUUGAUUUAGGGUUUCAUAGAUUCGACUGGAUCUGAGUUUUUCUUUUUGCUUCGUUUUUUGGAUCUGAGAUUCAUUGUUAGGGAUCUGGGAUUCUUGUCGGGGGAUUUGAGAUUCGAUUUGGGGGAUCUGGGGUUCUUUUGAUUUGGGGGAUUUGGAUUUCUUUCGAUUUGGGGGAUCUGGGAUUUUCUGUGGUUGGAUUACAUCUAUUUGAUUUAGGGUUUCAUAGAUUCGACUGGAUCUGAGUUUUUUUUUUUUUUGCUUCGUUUUAUGGAUCUGAGAUUCAUUGUUAGUUUGUUAGGGAUCUGGGAUUCUUGUCGGGGGAUUUGAGAUUCGAUUUGGGGGAUCUGGGAUUCUUUUGAUUUGGGGGAUUUGGAUUUCUUUUGGUUUAGGGGAUCUGAGAUUUUUUUGUGGCUGGGAUUUCUUUCUAUUUGGAUUUCUUUUGAUUUGGGGGAUUCGCUUUUUGAUGAUGAUAUUGUUUGUGGUUUCUGGAUUUUGCUCGUUAAUUUGAUAUUUUUUUUACCUGGAAAAUUGUAUAGCUGGCAUGGGAUACCAUUUAGUUUAAUGUGGAUAUUGUAUGGUGGUUGAUUGUCAGGAUAUUGGUUAUGUGAUGCAUAGAUAUUUGUAUGCUAGGUCUGGAUAUUUUUAUGCCCUGUAUGGAUAUUAGUUCAAUGAUAUUAGCUAUUUUCAGGAAUUGUCCAAGAUGACAAAAUCCAAAAGGUGUUCGAUGCCAGCUCCUCCAAGAGAAGGGGAGGCGGAGACACAUCACUGGCUCAAUCCAGACGCAUCAUGUUGGGAAAACAAAGAUUUUGACAACCUUGACCUAAAUCAGGUACAUAGAUGUUGUCUUUGCUUCUUAAGUGACAUGGUUGCAUAUAGUAAACUAAAUAUUUUACA